AUACCUCCCACCCAAGCAUUCAUAAAUCUAAAAGAAAAAUUAUUUUUUACUUCUUACUUAAUAUCAGUUUUAUUUUUCUUUUUUAGAAAACAAAAUCACGGCAUCCACCAUUGUACGAAAUGGCUACGCUUCACCACCAUCGGCCCAUUUCACUGUCGGUUCUCCCUCUUCUCUCCCGGCUGAGACCUUCUUCGGCUAUCCCCGCAACGCUGUUCUCGCGCCCACCGCUCUCCGGACUGCCGUGCACUCCGAUAUCUGCUCGGGCCAUCCGCGAUAAGCGCAUCCUUGGACCCGUCCGUGGAUGCGCGACCUCAGAUUCCGCGAUUUCCCCCGGACCUCCACCCUCGUCGAGGAUCUUUAUCAAAGGAUUAUCUCGUUCAACAUCUGAGGGAUUCUUGGCAAAGACCUUUUCAUCCUUUGGAGAAGUCAAGAAAAUAACGAUAAUUACAAGCAAAAGUUCGAAACAGUCUCUGGGACUUGCAUAUAUAUGGUUUGCCCGUGAACAAGAUGCACUAAUGGCGGUAAAGGAGAUGAAUGGAAAGUUUCUUGAUGGCAGGUUUGUUGCUGUCACAAUUGCAGAAGCUGAAUCUCCUUCUAAACAGGUAAGAGCCAAACCAUACAGAUUUUGACUCAAAUACUUGUGAAGUUGCUUCAGGAGGCACAGGAAGACAUGGUUUCAUUAGAGUUGAUCACAAGUUUAUGUAAUUUGGUUUUAGGUGUAUAAUUCUUUGGUUACAAAUACCUUUCGUAGUUUUGAUAUGUGAUGUACAAUCUAUUUUUCUAAUGUAUUGCCUUAUAUGAACACUAAUUUUCAUGUUUUCUAGAUAAUGUGAAUAUUUAUUCAUUCAGUCAUGAUUGACUGGGCA